AUGGCGUACCAAAGGCUUCAAGCCCUUGAUGGCUACCUCAGUCAACUUCAGGGGGCAGCGAAUUUCAACAAACUUGUGGAGGAACAGUGUGUUUCUUUGGUUACGGAAAUUCGGAGCUUGGACAGGUUGGAAAUCCAAGAGGCAACUCCACUGUUGGCCAUGGUGCAACAAUGUGCUCACUGGACGGACCAGCAUAGGCAGACUUUGCUGCAGGUGAUUCAUGAAAAGGUGGAGGUCACCAUCAAUGGCAAAACUGUGAAGGCAAGGAUGCAGCUUCAGGACUAUCUCAACUUCCCCUUGUACUUGACUGAGCAAGACUGGCGAGCUGUAAUGGACAGAUCACUCCACGUUCCUCAGAAGAUGAGUGCUGUGAUGCCCAGGUUGUAUCCCCUAGGCCUUCGACAUGGAUCAGAGCCAACGUAUGCCAUGGUCACAGCUGUCAUGCUGCUCACUGAACCUGAGCGGCUGAGUGACUUCCAACAAUUGAGAUCGUCAUAUCUCUAUAUCAAAAAAUUGGCGAAGGAUUUCUUGGGAGCGCAGGAGCAUAAUGCCUCUCCAACUUUGAGGACAUUGCCAAGUCUUGUGGGUGCUCUUCCAGAGGAAGUAAAGCUAGCCGCCUAUGGUGAAGGAGAAGACCUGGGACAGUUUCCGCAGGGUGUGACAAUGGAAGGUUUGAGGCAAAUUGAAAACAUGAUCUCCAAGCGGGGUAACAACAAGAACUUGGAGCUCUUCCCAAAGGCAUCUCGUCAGAUCAUGAUGAAUGCCAUGGGGUUGAAUCCAGCAUUGCUUGGACUGAGUCAGAUGGCCUCAGUUCAGAUGCAGCAGUUUCGACAUGAGACCCUUCCAGGAGCAGCGGCUUCAACGGCAAGACCUGAGACUAUGCCUGCUGCGUCUCAGAGUUUGGCUGUUCCCAAGGCUCAGCUGGCGCUGCCACCCCCUGACCUACAGCAGCCUUCAUCAGCACUUCCUCCGGCUCCGGCUGAGACUCCUGAAGAUGUUCUUGAAAUGGUGGCGCCUACAAAGGUUGCAAAUGAGGAACAUGACGUUACUGCGCCCGUGCCCAUUGAAAAGAAGUUGCCUGAAGCGCCAGAUGUUCCAAGUGCUUUGGUUGCAAAUGAGAAGCUUCAGGAUGCAUUGACUGAAAGGGAAAGAGACAACAAGCAGGGACCUAUGAAAAAACCUGCUGCCAAACCGCCCAGCUCGAGCAUCAAGAGGCCCGCAGCAGCAUUGCGUCCCAUGAAGAAGCCAUCGGCAAAGUCGGUUUCUAGCUCUGUGUCAGCGACACCUGGGCAUUGCAAAGGCCGCGUUCCAUCCAGGAAGCAGCGAUUGCAGUUGAGACCUAAGGGAUGUUCCAAAUGUAGAAACAACCCUGGUUGCUGUGACUCCUGCUGGGUCCAAAGAGGAUAUCGCAGGCCAUGA